CUGUCUUCAGCAAGAGGAAAUGCUUGGCGUGCAUGUCUUGGCAAAAUCUGCCGGCAACAGUAUCUUCGCCACUACCCAGUUAGGUUAAUACGACCGGAUGGAUCGAGUAUUGAGAUUCGUUACUUAGAGCCAAGAUCAGUUGUCCAAUUGCCAGUAGACAUCAAUGCGUUGAGCGAAGACGAGAAAAGGCAGAGAUUAGCCGCUAGAAAGCCGAAGGCAAAGAAGAUUGUACAGGAAAAGAUCGAUGAUAAUUUCGAUCCCUCGGUGUACAUGAAGUUUUGGAAUCCUCAAGUACAAGAUACUCAGCAACCUGCUAAGGAAGAACCCAAGGAAGAAAAGCCAAAGAAAGCACGAAAAAUGAAAUAA